AUGCGUGUGCCGAGGAUGUGGAUGUGUUCAUCUUUGUUCGUCCUUCUGUGGCCGAUGGCAUAUGCAAAGCCACUCUUGGCGCUCCAGCAAUCAUUAAUGAUGCAUCCGGGGACGCCCGCGGAUUCCGUGUCGGAUGACUGCAGCCUCGAUGCCCAGAAGCGGUAUCGGCAAUCCAUCGAAUUGCGAGCUCGCCAUCUUCAAAGGAUGUCCACCACGCAGGAGAGGAAGUUGAACGAUUUGUAUGUGGAGCUCAUGGGAUCCGAUCGUAUUGAAACGGAGGGCUCCACUGCCAGCUUUGACACCAUGGAGGCAGCACUGAAGAAACGACAAGCAGAACUUGACUGGCUGCUUGAGACAACGGAAGCUGCGAUCUCACGCAAACGCGCGACAGUUGCCAUCGGGACAGAGAGCCCGUCAGUUAGCUGA